UCCUACUCUUUACCCGCUGAUGGAGGGAAAGAAAACAGUCUUCACAUUUCUUUAUUCUCUUCCGAGAAUAAGCGCGCAGAGUAGCCUAUCUGGUUGAGACAGAGAACAUAUUCUCUCUCUCUCCUCAGACGCAAUUCCCAAUUGGAGUAUCUCACUUCGGCAGCAACCUUACAUUCUUCCUUCAUCCAUGGAAGCAACCUGUAUCUAUUCUCCCUUUAUAUAUAUCCACAAUUGCUUUUCCAAACUCCAAACGAACAAGAAGCAGGCAGAAGAAGAAGAACAGCAGCACUUUCGUCAUGGACCGUUCGUCGAAACAAUCCUUCAGAAUCUGCUUCUGUUUCCGGCGGAUGUUCCUGCAGAAGGCGGUGGAACCGCCUGAAGACGUGAAGAGACUGUUCGAAGCAUACUCGGAGAACGGCAUCAUGAGUGUCGAUCGCCUGGUCUGGUUCUUGUCGGAGUUCCAAGGGGAGGAAAACGCUAAGAAAGAGGACGCCCAGGCCAUCUUCAAUAGCCUCAGGCACCUCAACUUUUUCCAGCGCAAGGGCUUGAAUUUCGAAGCAUUCUUUAAGCAUCUCAUCGGCGACAAUAAUCCUCCUCUAUCUCCUUCUCUCGGGGUACACCACGACAUGAUGGCUCCCCUGGCACAUUAUUUCUUGUACACAGGACAUAAUUCGUACUUGACAGGGAACCAACUCAGCAGUGACAGCAGUGAUGAGCCUAUUAUAAGAGCCCUAAAGAGAGGUGUAAGAGUUAUCGAAUUGGACUUGUGGCCAAAUUCAACAAGAGAUGGUGUGGAUGUUUGUCAUGGAGGGACGCUGACCACUCCCGUAGAGCUCGGCAAAUGUUUGUCUGCCAUUAAGGAGCAUGCCUUUAUUGCUUCCGAAUAUCCUGUUAUCAUAACACUCGAAGACCAUCUCCCUCCAGAUCUCAAAGCUAAAGUUGCUAAGAUGGUUAUUGAAACAUUUGGAUCCACACUGUUUCGCACUGAGUCAGAACUAAAUGAGCUGCCUUCACCGGAAUCAUUGAAAACAAAGAUUAUCUUAUCUACCAAACCACCAAAAGAAUACUUAGAAACCCAUGUGAAGCAAAAGGGGAAUCCACAGAAGGCCAAGGGCUCAGCUGUCAAAGAUGGAAUUGAAGUAGAUGACGAGGAUGAAUCAUAUGAGGAAGAGGACCCUGAGGACGAAGAUAUUCAGGCUGAAUAUAGGAGCUUAAUUGCUAUCCAUGCUGGGAAGCUGAAAGGUGGGAUAGAGAAUUGGUUUGUGAAUGAUCCUGCUAAAGUUCGACGCCUUAGCUUGAGUGAGCAAGAUCUUGAAAAUGCUCUAAAUACACGUGCAACUGAUAUUGUCAGUUUUACCCAACGGAAUUUGCUUAGAGUAUACCCCAAGGGAAUACGCUUUGACUCAUCUAACUACGAUCCUUUUAUUGGAUGGGCACAUGGAGCUCAAAUGGUUGCAUUUAAUAUGCAGGGAUAUGGAAAGUACCUAUGGAUCAUGCAUGGAAUGUUUAGAGCUAAUGGUGGUUGUGGUUACGUGAAAAAACCAGAUUUCCUUCUGAAUCCAGAUGAGAUUUUCGAUCUGGAAGAAUUACCAGUUAAGACGACAUUGAAGGUAAAAUUAUAUUCCGGUGAAGGGUGGCAUUUAGAUUUCCACAGUACCCAUUUUGAUCUAUAUUCCCCACCAGACUUCUAUACGAGGGUGGGGAUUGCCGGAGUCCCACGUGACACGAUAAUGUUGAGGACAAGAGCAAUUGAGGAUCAGUGGGUUCCAGUAUGGAAUGAGGAGUUUGAGUUCCCCCUCACAGUUCCUGAAUUGGCUGUGCUCCGGAUUGAGGUGUUGGAGUAUGACACUACAGGUAAACCCGACUUUGGAGGUCAGACUUGCCUGCCUAUUUCAGAGUUGAGAAGUGGAAUUCGAGCAGUUCCACUGCAUAAUCGCAGGGGAGAAAAGUAUGAAUCUGUUAAGCUUCUUAUGAAAUUCAAAUUUGUUUGAGAAGCUCUCGUCGCUUGGUGUAUACUUAUAGUAUACCUUUUGUGCUGUUGCUUUGUUGUAUACUUGUUUAUACCAUGCAUUCAAUUGUUUCUCCACC